UGGAGGUGAGGACAAGCCGGAGUCAGCUGUGGGCACGCAUCACAAGGCCUGGCCUGGCCUUUCCUCGGAAUCAUGGGAAUGCUCAACCCUAUGCUUUACAGACCUGAUGGUGCCCACACUGAGCUAGGAACCAGGGCCAGAACAAAGAAUGGGGUGGAGUUGAAGGCACAGCAGCUAUGGGAUGACAUUUAGGACAACUGUUAGUGCCUGGUUGAAUUCCAUCUGCCUGGUUCCUGAGGGAUAAAAAGAAUGUCCACUGUAGACUGGAGGGAGCGGAGGUUUGUUAAAGAAGACAAACCUCCCACAUCCACCACAGCCCACCUCAGGCUCAGGGGCCCUGCAUUGCCCCUGGUGAUUUCCUUGUGCAGAGAUGAGUCUAAUGGGGGUGCUGAACGAUUUCCACGGGAGCUGUGUACUUUUUACCACAGCUUUGAAAUGGUGUUCACCCUUCUCUAAAGUCCUGCCAGCCAGCUUCCCGGUUUCCAUGAUAGGCAGAAACCCUCUGUAAACCUUCACCAGCAUUAUGGUCUCCUCCUGGGCCUAUACCCUACCUUGCUUUGUCCCUUUACUAAACUUGCCCCGGGGCUGGCUAGAAGGCCAGGGCAUCAGCAAAACUGUGAUAUAGCAGCUCUAUGGGGUCCCAGCCUUCCUGGCUACUCGCUCCGAGUCAGCUGUGCUCGCCAUGAGGAAAUGCUUCUAAGCAACAGAAAGGAAGCCUCUGCCCUGCUGGUGUGCCGGGAUGGAAAAUAUUUCCAGUGGAAUCCAGGAGUACAAGAGAAAGAUAAACAAGAGCAUCCACCCUCGUUCAGGGCCCUCCCCUUCCGCAGAUUCCCCCUCCCGCCCCUGCCGCUGGGAUGGGUCCUUGCAGUCGGCCUGCCUAGACUGUCCCACACCUUCCAGGGUUCGCAUUCAUAAACGCAGUCUGUGGACGACAGUGCCAGCACCUCCCACCUGCAAGGGAGCAGCUGUCCCGAGAUACGGGGUACCCCCUGUCCAUCUGCUCUCCCCAGGGUGGCUGCCCAUCAUGUCCAAGAAUAAACUCCAGCUAGUCCCUGCGUGGAUCUGAAUCAUCUGAGAGGUUCCAAAGGAGGGGAGUGACUACCCAGGACACACAGGCAGGCUAUAUAAGUUCCCAAGGGCUGGGCUCCACACAGAUCUUUGCCUGUGGCUACUGCCUGCCAGAGAGUUACCAACAGAGAGCUUGCUUGGCAUCUACCAUGUCCGAGGCUGGCACUCCUGAAGCCCCCAUCAAGAAGAAGCGCCCCCCUGUGAAGGAAGAAGACCUGAAGGGGGCCCGGGGGAGCCUGUCCAAGAACCAGGAGAUCAAGUCUAAGACGUACCAGGUCAUGCGGGACUAUGAGCAAGCUGGCUCAGCUGCCCCGUCUGUAUUCAGCCGCAACCGCACGGGCACCGAGACAGUCUUUGAGAAGCCCAAAGAGGGACCUGCCAAGAGCGUCUUUGGCUGAGACGUGCACUUUGCACUACACCCCUGGGCACAGCAGCCUGUCCACGAACUCUUUUUUUUUUUUUUUUUUUUUUUUUUAAUGUUGGAAGAUGCUUUUCCUCUGCCGCCUCUGGAACCAUCUUGACUGUCACAACCCUAGCCCUUGGAAACACCAAUAAAGAGUACGCCACUUGGGAAGGUACCAUGGCCACUACCUGCAGAAGAAGAGAGGGACAGCAUAUUGAGUGCCCUUCCUGGUCCCGAGGUGGGCCGGGGAAUGAUGUGUGCUUUCAGAACCACUGAGGUGUUCUAGACAUGGAGUCCUGAUACGGACUUUCUGACGGAUGUAGACUUGUCUGUUUUCUCUAAAUCUCUGUCUUAGGCUGGGAAGACGGUGCCAUAGCUAAGAGUACUUGCUGUUUCUUUAGAGGACGCUGGUUCAAUUCCCAAACAGCCGCAUGGCUGCUCAUAACCAUUUAACUCUGCCACCCUCUUCUGGCCUCUGCAGGCAUUGCAUACACGUGGUACACCUGUGGUCGAAAUGUUCACAUACCUAAAACAAAAAUAAAAUGUAAAACUAGC